AUGACCGAGCAAACUCCGCUUAAGCCGAAAUCGGAAUUGUCAACUUUGACCAUCAGUGCGUCACUGUCAAAAUCGAGCCUCUGCAAGUGUGGCAUCAUUUGCGGCAUUUUGUUCUUCGGGAUUAUCAUCUGUCUGGUCUACCCCAAACUAUUGCAUCUCUAUUAUGUUCGUCACACUCUGCCGGACUACCAACGCAGCCUACAUCUGGAGUUGAACUCGAAAGAUCAGAGACCAAAUUAUCAACCGGACCGAUGGCAUUCGAUCGGAGAUCCGGACGGAAAGUUUCUGAUUUAUUCCGCCUAUUUUGAUGAUAGGUUAGAAUUGGUUGAAGAUUUGCCGGCUCCGAAUGGUGAUCUCCCUUUUGGAAGUAUUCGCCUAAUCACCAUCUUGCCUUUGAGCGUUCAAAGUGAUAAGUUGUUUUGCAAUUUUCGGUACGAGGGACGCGCAGAUGUACAACGCGCACGCGUGGAUCAGAUCCAUGCUAUCCGCGACCAUGGCAACAUGACGUUUGCGACAACGCUCGUUACGUGUGUGUUAAGCGGCAACGCUACACACACCGAUAUUACUCUACCGAACGCGAUUGGCUUGAGCUACGAGUUGGAACCGAGUAUGAUUAAUGUGACCAGUUUUGUGCGUAUUCACUACAAUAGAUGGAAGUUCCUGCUGCAGAGCGGGCCCAAAAAGAAACUAGCGGUCUGUGUAGGCCCUCUUCCUCAAAACUACAGCGAUGCCGAUCAGAUUGUAGGGUUCAUAGAAUACUGGCAACUGCUGGGUGCGGACCGAUUCUAUUUCUACAACCGAUCCACCUCCGAGGACGUUAAUCGGGUGCUGUACUAUUACUGGGAUUGGUCGCUGGCUGAGAUGAAUGAUUGGAAUUUGGAGGAGGACUUAGCUGGCGAGGGGGCUUCUGCUGCCAUUAACGAUUGCAUUUAUCGAAGCACGAUGCUGAUGGAGUAUGCCUAUACGGCAGUAGUCGACUUGGCCGAAUUUAUACUGCCAACCGCUGAUUCCGAUUUGAACCAUUUGCUUGUAACGUUGGAUCAAGAUGAUUUGCACUCGUUCGGCUUUCGAGCCCUGUUUCCGGACGAAGAGGAGUUUUUUCGUAGAUCGGGUGGAAUCAGCAGCGAUAACUUAAAUGCUUAUGUUAAAAAUCAAAAAAGUAAGCAUCCUCUAGAAAAUUACCUGCGAAGCAGGUACAUUGCCAAAGGACGGGACGUUCAUGUGGCUGGAAAUCAUUUCGUGUGGAUGGCCUUGAGCGGUACGAAGGAGCAUUUGAUCUCACCGGAAACGGGCUUGCUGUUCCAAACUCAACAAGACACGAUUAGAGAUGGUAGUGAGUGUUACGUCGAGGAUCUCAUUGGGCGUCGAUACGAGAAACGAGUUCGAAGAAUCGGUAAAACCGUGUGCAGCAAACUUUUCCCAGAUUUUAACUAUGGUAUUGGAGUCUGUCCUACGGGUUAA